GACAGCGCUCCAGAAUAAAGCAGUGCGCGAUGGUCAGACACACUGUGACACUUUGAAAGCAAUUUAAAAAGACUUUCUCAGAAGAAGGCGAGCUGUGUGCUGCCCUGUACAUGCUGCAGUGUUUAACUUCGUCUUUCAGAAGGCACCAUGCGACCUGUGGGACUCAGCAUAAUACGAUUUUUAACUACUGUAGCCUGCUUCGGAGCGUUUGGAGAGGGUCACCAAAGGCCUGUGCUGAGCCGGAUCCCUCCAGAGGGAGAUGCAUUCGAAGGAGACACAGUUACUCUGGUGUGUCAAGUCGAAGGGAAUCCAGAGGAAUGGGAAUAUCUCUGGUAUAAAGACAGAAUUCUUGAUCGCAAGACUGAGACACCCCCUAUAAAUACAAGUUACAUAAUAUCUCCUGCUUCCCCGUCUGAUAAUGGGGAGUACCGAUGCCAAGCUAGAAGAAAGGAUGACCGGACUACACACUAUUACAGCACCUCUAUUGGGUUACAAGUAUCUGAACUGUUUACUAGGCCUUCUAUGACAGCUCCUCUUUGGAACCCAGUCUGGGAGCGCGAGUCCUUCACUCUUCAGUGUCAAGUUCAGUUUAAUAACAGGAGGAAUGUGACAGACAUCCGAUACCUGUUUAUCAAAGACGGGAAGGAGCUGGAGUCCGCUGGACCACCGGGGAACUACACAAUCCCAGCAGCAAGGGCUGAGGAUGCUGGGAGAUAUGAGUGUCAGGUGGAGGCAGGAGGAGUUAGGAAAGCAAGUGAUUCAGUGGAGGUUAAUGUGAGAGCGGGUAUGCCGAGGACUACCCUGACCCUGGAGCACCCGUGGGGAGAGAUGUUUGUGGGAGAGAGAGUGUCUCUUACCUGCCUGGUGGAGGGGGAUUCUGCAGGCUGGAAGUAUCUCUGGUACAAAGACAGCCAGACCGCUCCCUUGCCCCAGCCUGAGAGCAGCAGUGACGCUGGAGCCAGAUACACGAUCAGUGCUGCUGCUCUGUCCCACAGUGGAGAGUACUGGUGCCGAGCUGCAAGGGGGGCUGGCUACUUUCAUUCAGAUUAUAGUAAAGCUGCCAGGCUGAAAGUCUCUGAUCCGCCUAAGAUUAUUCUAACCCUACUGCCUUCGAGGACUGAUAUCUUUACAGGAGACAAUGUUACCCUCCGAUGUGAGGUUGGACUCAGUUCUUAUAGCUGGCAAUAUCACUGGUACAAAGGAAACAGGCAAUCCCUGGCACCAGGCAGUGGCAAUGCAUCUGGAGCCACUUACACAAUCAGUUCAGCUGCUAUGUCCCAUGCUGGGCAGUACUGGUGUCAAGCUGCAAAGCAGGAUGGAUCGUUUUGCUUAAAUUACAGUCAGCCUGUCAUGCUAGUGGUGCAUGAGCGCCCAGCCGCUGUACUGACCCUAGAGGAGGGAUGGACGGAGGUGUUUGUUCCAGAAUUUGCUAUCCUUGGUUGUCGUGUUCCUGGGAAUUAUACCGAAUGGAAUUAUACAUGGUACAAAGAUGAGGAAGCAGUUCAGGUGUUCCAGCAGAACUCCAGUAGUUUGAAUGAUAACAGAUACACAAUAAGCUCUGCUAAUGAAUCUAAUGGUGGGAGAUACACAUGUCGAGGUGAAAGAGCAUCUAUACCAGUUUACUCCAACACUAGUGACGUCAUUGUAUUGACCAUAUCAAAGAACCUGCCGAAUAUUGUACUCACCCUGGAGCCAGCAGGGACAGAGAUAUUUGAAGGGGACAACAUUACCCUGAGCUGUGACGUUGAGGGGAAUUCAACUGGCUGGACAUAUUAUUGGUACAAAGGCUGUCAAGGAAAGGAAGUCUACAUGACUGACAGCAGACAUGGAUCUGAGGCCAAUUACACAAUCAGUGCAGCUGCACUGUCCCACACUGGGAGCUACUGCUGUCAAGCUUUCAGGGGAGUUACCCCAUUGUACCUCGAUUACAGCCAGCCUGUCCUGCUAAACGUGCACGAGAGACCACAGGCAGUACUGAUUCAAGGAUAUGAAUGGGGAGUGUUCUACACUGCAGAAAUAGCUGUUCUAGAAUGUCAGGUAAAGUGGAGAGACCUGGAGUGGAGUUAUAGGUGGUACAAAGAUGGACUGCUCCAGACUGAAGGCAGUGGAAAAGAUGGCAAAUUGAUGAUACAUUCUAAAGAGUCAGACAGAGGGGAAUAUACCUGUCAAGGAGAAAGAACAUCUAAUCCAUUUCACUCCACAAUCAGCAGCCCCUUCAUGCUGAAUGUAUCUGGAGAUGUGCCCAAAGCAGUGCUGACCUUGGAGCCUGAGAGAGAGGCAUUCGAAGGAGACAGUGUUACCCUGCGCUGUGAGGUUCAGGGCAGCUCUACAGGCUGGAAAUAUCACUGGUACAAAAACCAACAAGGAAAUGAACUGCUGCAGACUGACAGCAGUGGGACUGGAGGCAUUUACACAAUAAGUGCUGCUGCUCUGAACAACACUGGAGAGUACUGGUGUCGAGCUGCAAGGGGAGAUCCAGAGUUUGACUUAGGUUUUAGCCAAGCCAUUGUGUUGAAUGUAUCUGAGCUUUUUAGUAAACCUGUUGUGACAGCCCAUCCGGAUUCUCCAGUCUGGGAAGGGGACUCCCUCACUCUGCACUGUGCAGUCCGGGUGAAUGAGAAAUCUCCAGACCCUAAACUGCGAUACCAUUUCAUCAGAGAGGAGGGGGGCUGGAAGAUCUCUGGUUCAAAAGAGAAGUAUAUACUCCCAGGUGCAAAGCUCAGUGACUCUGGGAAAUACUGGUGUGAGGUGCAGGCAACAAGGAAUGAGUUGAAGAAACGUAGUGAUCCUGUGGGGGUUACUGUAGGAGACCGUCCACAAGCUGUGCUGACCCUCCAGCCUCAGUGGCCUCAGCUGUACUUUGGGGAGACGCUGACCCUGCGCUGUGGGGUUGCGGGAGAGUAUCCUGGGCUGGAAUAUCAGUGGUUCAAAGGCAGUCAGCUGACCCCAGUGCCCCGAACAGCUGACCACAUUGUGAAGGGCAGCAGAUACACAAUGACAGCGGUGCUUCUGUCAGACCAGGGAGAGUACAGGUGUCUGGCUGUGAGGGGACAGCCGCCAUAUCCCUCUCACCUCAGCGAUUCUGUUCUGGUUAAUGUAUCUGCGGAGCAGCCCAAGGCAGUGCUGACUCUGACCCCUGAUUGGACAAUCCUGUUCCCUGGGGAGAAGGUGACCCUGCAGUGUCUGGGGAGUCCCAGGGCAGUGCUGUAUAAACAGUACAGAGCUGGAGAGGAGGAGCAGGGGCAGGAGCCCCAGUGCAUAGGCAAAGGGACCUCAUGUACAGUUCAGAAGGCUGAAGAGUCACACCCUGGUCUUUACUGGUGUGAAGACAAAGAGGGUCAAGAACGCAGUAAAUCUGUAGACUUAAAAGUAUCAAAUGCAAGUGUGAUUCUGCAGACUCCCCCACAGCCACUAACUGAAGGAGACAAGUUGACUCUGCUGUGUCGUGCUCGGGACACUAAGGUUGAUCCUAAACGCAUCACGUUUGAGUAUUAUAAGAACAAUGAGAGUCUGGAGUUCCAGCCCAGCACAGGAGUGACCAUCCCAGCUGUGAUGAAGAAAGAUGCAGGUUUAUACAAGUGCUUCGCUUACUCCAGGGGGCGUGUGCUGGGUGAAUCUGAGGUGGAGGUGUCUGUCAGAGAUUUCUUCGCCAGGGUAACACUGACAGCCUCUCCAGGCCCUGCAGUGUUGGAGGGAGAGCCAGUUAACCUGACCUGUGAGGUGGAGAGAAACACGUACCUCAGCCCUCCAGUCAACUACACGUUUCUCAGAGACGGUGCACCCCUAGCGGCGAGUAGCGGCACUGCACAGUAUUUCAUAACAGCGAUGAAUAAAACACACACGGGGAGAUACAGCUGCACUGCGGAGACAUGGCCAGGAAUCAGGAAGCAGAGUGCUGCUGUGAAAAUCGAACUUGCAACCCCCUGGUGGUGGAUUGUUGCCGGUGCAAGUGGAAGCGGACUGUUACUUAUUCUCAUUACAUCCACACUGCUAUGCUGCAGAACUCGUCGGACUGCAGGUAAACACAGAAAGUCCAAAUCUGAAACUGUUUAUGCAGUCUUUGAUCCAGCCAAGAAGCAAAGAGAUAGACUCAAAAAGUCUGACAGUGAGGGUUUUUAUACCUUAAUUGAUUCAACGAGCAACCAAGAUGCACCCCAGAUGACUAACAGCGAUCCUCUUUACUCCAAAGUUGGUCCAAAGAGAAGCAGAGAUGAACCUGAAAUGGCUGAUAGUGGAGUUUUUUAUUCCCUUCUCAAUCCAAAGAAUAACACAGAUAAUCCCCAAAUGGCUGACAGUGGAACUGUUUACUCUCUUGUUGACCCAAAGAACAACAGCGAUAACCACAGAAUGGGAAAUAGUAAGGAUCUUUACUCUAUGAUAGAUCUGAAGAACAAAAAGAAAGAAAAACUGCUGAUGGCAAACAGUGUCUCUCUUUACUCUGUUGUCGACCUAAAAAACAAAAACAAAGGCGAUGGGAGCAGGAAUGCAGGAGGAAAAGAAGCAGACAGAGAGACAGGCAGCUACGCACAAGAGAGCAUCUAUGAGGAAGUGAUGAUAUAAAAAAAUAACAAUGGACAGAGGGGACAGGGAUUAAGGUUUUCUGUGUAAAGUAUGGUAACUGUACAAUUACUAUGCAGAGAAAAGGCUCACCUCGUCCGGUUCCUAGUAGCUGAUUGAUCUGAAAACUGUCAUGUUGGGUCUUAAAGGACCCCAGUGAUCCUGCUUCAACAAUAUGAGUAGGUAGCCACAUGACUAGACAUGCCCUCACCUACUCUUUGUGUGAGACAGAGCACUUGAAAAGCCAAUGGGAUGCUUUUAACAUCUUAGUUUUAAAGAAAACUGUGGAUGUGAUGACUGAAAUAGCUAUAGAAAGCGAUUCAACAAGAAAAAACACACAUCAGUUCAAUAUGAUCCCAAUGAUUCAGCAUCAACAACAUGGCUAAGUAACCCGUUCCAUACCCUCACCACUCUGCGAAGAAGGGCAGCAGAAAAACUAGGACCAGAGGACACAGUUAUGCAGACUUAGGACAGAGGGAAGUGGACACUUCUUCACACAAAGUGGUGAGCGAUGGAAUGGGUUACUUAGCCAUGCUGUUGCAGCUGAAUCAUUGGGAUCCUUUUGAGAUUAACCAGCAACUAGGUCUUGAACGAGCAUUAAUGGGUGGAAUGGGCGCCUGUCGUUAUGUUCUUAAGUGAUUAACAACUUAAUCACUUAACUUGUAGGGUUAAUGGAUGAGUGCUCAUGUUGUUCGUUACUAAUUAUGCAACAUUACUGCUUCAUAAAUAAAUAGCAAAUUGCAUUGUAAUGAAAAGGCCGUCUGUCUUGCAUUAACCUACUGUGGUUGAAAUUGCAAGUUGCAAUUAGCAGCUUUGAUUAACUGGGGCCGAGUUAGUAAAAGUAAGUUAUUUUUAUCUUGCAAAUGAUCUUAUUAAUUCCCUUUUAAUAAACCUUAUUCAUUUUGUAACAUUAACAGCUUGUAUGAAUUGACAGCGUGUACGUAGGUGUGGGACAGUAAACGAUUAAUCCGUAAUAUCAUCCUGAAUGGAUGCAGCAAUUAAAUAGUUAUUGCAAUAAUGAUGGUCAAAUAUUUUCACCAUUAUACUGAAGACAAGUAAUUGUAUAUGUCAUAGUUGUUUUUUUAUUUUCUUGCCUUGCUUUAUUGUUAUUGGUGAUCUAUUAUAAUUAGUAAGAUAACAUAAAGAACAAAGAACAAAAAAAACUGGGCAUAGAGGCAACAGCCAGAGAAGCUCCCAAUGGCUCAAGAUCAUUGUGGACCAUCGGUGUAGUGUCUGAGGCUGUCUCUCCAGGGGUUCAGGUAAUCUGAUCAAUUGCCUAUCUCUGCUAAUGCUAGCGGCAAGUAUUGUAUUUAAACAAUAAUGGUCAAUGUAGAAUGUACUGUGGGUAUUUUAAACUAAUAAACAUUGUUAAUAUUUGAAA